GCAGUUGCAAAAUCAGAAAGAGUCCCAUCAUACAUCAAAUCCAUGAUUACUUAGUAGUUACAGGAAUUCCAAAUUCCUCUCAGUUCUCCCUAUCCAAUUCAUAUCUAAAAAUAGUAAUUUCCCUUGAUUUCCUCUCAAUUCUCCUUAUCCUUCCUAAAUCCACACACAGCCCUCUUCUUCUAUAGGAGAGGGAUAAACAAACUUCUUUUGCCUCUUCUUCUUGGAAAAAAGAUUGUGAAAUUUCAUUUGUUUUUGCAAAUAACAAAGAUGGGUUUAAUUUUAGUUGAAGAAGAGAGCAACAUGUUGGUACCACCUUCAAAUUUCUCUAUAGUUGAAGAUAACUGUAUUUACAGAUCUGGCUUUCCUCAACCUUCCAAUUUCCCUUUUUUGCAAUCCCUCAAUUUGCGCUCUAUAAUAUAUUUAUGUCCGGAGCCUUAUCCUGAAGAGAAUUUAGAGUUUCUUAGAAUUAAUAAAAUCAAGCUUUUCCAAUUUGGAAUUGAUGGUACUAAGGAACCAUCAGCUAUAUCCCGGAGUGCUAUAACAGAGGCUUUGAAAGUCUUAAUUGAUGUCAGAAAUCAUCCAAUUCUUAUCCACUGCAAGCGCGGAAAGCAUCGAACUGGUUGUCUAGUCGGAUGCCUGAGGAAAUUGCAGAACUGGUGUCAUUCUUCAGUUGUGGAGGAGUACAAGCAUUUUGCUGGAUCAAAGUGGAGACAAACAGACGUGAGAUAUCUAGAGAGCUGUGAUGUCUCUUGCAUAAGGCAUUGCCUUGAGAGCAUUAUCUAUAUGUACUAUGGUUCAAGGACGAGGCGCUUGCUUUGCGGACAAGAAAAUCUACAGAAACCCCACAUGACUUAUGUUCUAUAGGAAGGAUUGGGAUACUACUCCAAUCCCAUUGUUAGUCUAUACGUACGUUAUGCCUCUGAUUUCUUACAUCGUAGAAAAGAAAUCUGCAGAAGUCCCAGAUGACUUCUGUUUUAUAGGAAGGAUUGGGAUAUUCCCAAUGUUAGUCUUUAUACCUUAUGCCUCUGAUUCUUUCAUUUUUCUUUUACAUUGUACCUUUGAUCCAUCUGUAUACACCAAUUUGUUUCACAAGUGCAUUAGUUUCAACAAUUUCUUUUGGCAGAA